AUGACAACCCAGUCACCGACAAUCUCGAUACCAAAGAAAUCAACGGAGGAGGUCGACUGGACGACUCCCGUUCGCAAUCUCAUCGCUCAGUCGUACGGUGAGAAUCCAGACAAUUACACCGCGGAGUGCGCCGCCCUCCAACGAUGUCGGCAGGAUGCUGUCAAGGGAGCGGGCAGUGACACGACAGCAAGAGACUUGUUGUAUAAAUAUUUCGGACAACUGGAACUCCUGGAACUGCGGUUCGCGGAGAUCAGGGUUACCUUUCCGUGGCACGACGCCUUCACGAACAAGCUCACUACCCAGACCUCACUGGCCUACGAAAAAGCUUCUAUCAUCUUCCAAAUCGCUGCCACCCACUCCGCCAUCGCGGCAGCCCAGAACCGUGGCGAUCCCGAAGGCUUAAAGCGCGCGUUCCAUUAUUUCAGAACUAGCGCUGGCAUGCUCACUUAUAUCAAUGACAACUUCUUACAUGCACCUUCGACCGACUUGAGUCGCGAGGUUGUCAAGUUCCUGGUCAGUAUCAUGAUGGCUCAGGCGACCGAAGUAUUCUACGAGAAAUGCGUAGAUGAACGGAAAGGCAGCGGACUUGUCGCCAAAGUGGCAAACCAAGCGGCGACUAUGUAUACUUCACUGUGCGAGGAAGUAAAGGAAUUUAUGGGUAAGGGUAUUUUUGAUCGUAACUGGGUGACUAUACUCCAGAUCAAGGCGAAGUAUUUCAACUCAUUAUCUCAGCUCCAUCGUGCACUGGCAGACAACGCUGCCGGAAAUUAUGGCGAUGCAUUGUCCCGAUUCACAGCUGCGGAGGCAUUCGCUAAAGACGCUUCAAAGCUAGCUGCGUCAUUUGGGGGGAUGUUCAUGCCUCAGAUGUCACCUAAUCUUCCGCCCGACGCUGGCUCAGCAAUCCAGGAACUAACAAAAUUCCACCUUGCCUUAUGCACGGAAAAGAAGAACGAAGCGCAGAAGGACAAUGAUCUGAUUUAUAAUGCCGUUGUUCCACCCAUCGAGACACUACCGCAACUCGAUAAACUGCAGGUUGCAAAGCCUAUACCGAUUCAGGAGGUUUACAGUGUCCCCGAUGUGCAAAAGACUAUUGGACCGGAUAUCUUUAUUAAGCUCAUUCCUCUGAGUGUGCACGAAAGCGCAAGCGUUUAUUCCGAGGAGAAAGCGAAACUUGUACGGGCAGAAGUGGAGAGAGCAGACACCGCUGAGUCUGAGAAGCGCUCUUGCUUAGACGCAUUGGGUGUACAGGAGGGACUGGGCCGCUAUAAGGCAAUGGUAGAAGGUCUCCAUGCUGAAGGCACUUCGGAAUUGCCACUAGAGGUGACACGCAUGCGCGAAGAUAUAAGCCUCAUCGAGGAACGGGAACCUGUUACGCGCCUUUUGUCGGACCUUUCGCGCCUACGCGAUGUGGUUCACAGUGACAUCGACAGUGCUCAGCGAGAACUCGAAGUCGAGACUCGUGACUGCGAAGCAAUGCGCGUCAAGUAUGAGCAUAUGUUCACGCAGGCUCCGUCGGCCGGACCGUCUCGAUCACUACGCCAAGAUCUCAAAUCACACAGAGAUGCGCUUCAAGCGGCGAGUGUGUCAGACCAGCAGGUCCUCACUUUAUGGGAUAGCGUGAAAGGAGAUGUUACGCUUCUUCUAUCUGACCAACUUGAAGACGUAUUCAGGCAAAGCGCAGACCAUGGGCCCGGAGGCAGUUUGCUAGAUUUGGAUCCGAAUAACGAGGAUAGGGACGAGGAAGAGCGGGCGAAGAUCACUAGAUUCAUUGAUGAGAUUGAACAAAGGUUACUGCGCUUGAACAAGAUUUCGACGGAAAGGAGGAACGUAUUGAAGGAUUUGAAGGAAAAGAUUCAGUCGGACGACGUCUCACAUUUACUACUCUUGAACCGUCGCAAUCAAGCAGUAGAACCUGCAUUGUUCGCAGCAGAGCUCGAGAAAUUCAAGCCAUUCCAGAACAGUCUGAUCUCUACUGUGCAAUACGAACAAGCUGUCCUUGGUGAGAUCACGCAAUUGUGGAAAGGCCUCAAAGACCUUGCUGGCCGUGGACCAGGUGCACGGAAGUGGGAAGAGCGCGAGAAGAGGAAGAAAGACACGAUGCGCAGGUUCACUCGCGCUCGUGACGGAUACAUGGAAGUGCGGGACGGCUUGGCGAAAGGGUUACAAUUCUAUCGUGAUCUGACAGAAUUGUGUACAAGUCUAAGACGAAACGUGAAAUCUUUCGUUACAGAGCGCGUUGCAGAACGUGAUGCGUUAGUUGCCGAAGCUGAGCGGCAAAAGAACGCAAGUGCACCGCCGCCAUUAGCGGAGAAACCUCGUCCAUUGGCUACGGGACAAACACCAUCCGUUAAUAACAUAAACUCAUCAUUUGGGUCGAUGAAUCUACGGGACAGCACAUCGCCGCCGUCACGUCCGCCUCCGCCUCCUUCGAGUGUGCAUAAUGCACCUUAUUCAACUUUGCCUCCUCCACCUCCGAGGGUCCCGGGAAGUUAUUCCACUCCUUCACCUCCCCAGCAAGCAUCGUCAGAUCCAUACGCGAAUAUGUUCAGCGUUUCGGGCUUAUCAACACAGUUCUUAAACAAUGGAAAUCCGUCACCUGUUCCGACGACCUCCCCUCCUUUCGACCACAACCAAAGAAGCUAUGCGCAAACUCAGUACCAGCCGUAUUCGCAGCAGCAGCCGCAAUACACUCAAGCAAACGGAUAUGGUAGCCAACCCCAAACCCGACAGCAGAACACAGGGACUCCAUUUCCGUCUCCACCUCCACCAGUUCCCAUUUCCUACCAACAACAACAGCAAUACGGAGGAAACGCGCAUGCACAGAGCUCACCGCCACGUAGCCAGCCGUUGACACACCAGCCAGCAGCAAUCUCAUCACCUUUUCCUCCACCUCCACCCCAGACCUUCGGGCAGUACCAGCAGAGCUCCUAUUCAUCUUAUCCUCGGUGA